UAAGUCGUAAUAACCCAGCAACCCGAACUCACAUUUUCUCUCUCUAUCCGCAUCUCUCCCCCCAAAUUGGUCUCGUUAUAUCUCACUCUGCAAAGCAUCAGGCACAUCUGAAGCGGAAACCUAUGCUCAUGCUCUCUCCAAAACCCUAGGGCUUUACCUUCGAUUUCGGAUGAAGUUCAAAUUGCGCGGUUCAUUUCUAUCCAGAUUUCAGUGAAAAAUAUAGCUAGGGUUUUUCCGUAUCUGCAUUCGGAUAUACAAGUGGGGGUUCCAGACGAGUGGUAUUUGUCGAUCUGAUCAUGGAUUCGCGAGAUUCAUCUUCUCAAUUGCCUGCGUCGAAUCGAGACGUGUCCUCCUCUAACGCCGGUGAUGAUGAUGCCUUCUUUACCGCUACUGCUGCUAUCGCCAAGGAAGCCUACCUCCACUUCCAGGCUCGUCGGUAUGUCGAGUGCCUUGAGGUCUUGAAUCAGCUAUUGCAGAAGAAGCCCGACGAUCCCAAGGUUAUUCAUAACAUUGUAAUUGCAGAAUGCUGUCGUGAUGGUUGUUCUGAUCCAAAAAAGUUGAUUGAAGCACUCGAUGAUGUCAAGAUGAGAAACAAAAGGCUUGCUCAAGAUUCUGAAGAGCAGUUGGAUAUCAGAAAUAAACUCAACUCCUUGCCUAAAGGAAGUGGUAAUCAAUAUGGUGAUGGAAGUAGUGCAAGUAUUGUUUAUGUGGAUGAAUUUGACACUUCUUUGGCAACACUAAACAUGGCAGUUGUUUGGUUCCAUGCUCAUGAAUAUGCAAAGGCUUUAGCAGUUCUGGAACCUUUAUUUCAAAAUAUUGAGCCCAUAGAUGAGACAACAGCUCUUAAUGUUUGCUUCCUGUUGCUGGAUGUUUUACUUGCUUGCAAUGAUGCAUCAAAAUCUGCUAAUGUGCUACUGUAUCUGGAGAAAACAUACGGGGUUGGUUGUCUGAGCCAAAGUGACAAUGGAAGCGUGGGACAGCAGCAAGCUGCAAACCUUGUCACAAAAUCAUCUUCUGUCCCAACCGAUGCAUCCGUGACGGAUGCUGCUAAUUCAGAUUCUGCUUCUGGUGUAAAUGCCACAGAGAAUCCUUUAUCAAGAACUUUGUCAGAUGACACACUAGAAUAUGAUUCCAUGUUUUCGCUUGAUAUUGGUGGACAGAACUUGCAAAGACCAGUUGGUGUUUCACCUUCAAAUGAUUUCUCAAGGACGCCAUCUGAUAGGUCUAUCACAAAUGUAGAUGUCAAGCUCAAACUGCAACUUUACAAGGUUAGGUUUCUGCUUCUCACUGGGAACCUAAAACAAGCAAAGCGUGAAGUUAAGCAUGCUAUGAACAUUGCACGUGGAAGGGAUUCUUCCAUGGCUCUCUUUUUGAAGGCUCAGCUUGAAUAUUCUCGUGGAAACCACCGCAAAGCCAUCAAGCUGUUGAUGGCAUCAGGCAACCGCACAGAAACAGGGAGUAUGAGCAUGUUUCACAAUAAUCUUGGAUGCAUUUAUUAUCAGCUUGGGAAAUGCCAUACAGCAUCAAUAUUGUUUUCCAAGGCUCUGAGUAAUAGCUCAUCUCUUCGGAAAGAGAAGCCUCUGAAGCUGUUGACUUUCUCACAGGAUAAAUCGCUCCUUAUAACUUAUAACUGCGGUGUGCAGUAUUUGGUUUGUGGAAAACCCUUACUCGCUGCUCGUUGUUUCCAGAAAGCAAGUGUAAUGUUCUAUAAUCGACCUCUCCUGUGGCUCCGACUCGCUGAAUGCUGUUUGAUUGCGUUUGCUAGGGGAUUGUUAAACGUUAGUCAGGCUGGGCUAGACAUCAAAGUUCAUGUUAUCGGCAAGGGCAAGUGGAGACAUCUCGCUGUGGAAAAUGGAAGCACGAGAAAUGGACUGGUAGAUUCUAUUGAAAAGAAUAAUGCUGUUUUGGGAAGUGACGGGCAGCCCAAACUCUCUCUGCCACUUGCACGGCAGUGCCUUUUUAAUGCUUUGCACAUACUAAACGCUUCUGAGCCACCACCUUAUGGGGAGUCCAGUUUGCCUUCUAGUAUCUCCUUGGAGGAAAACGAAUUGAGUGAAACAUCGUUUAAAAACUCUAAUCACAAGAAGUUACCGAGUACCAAUUUGAAGGCGUCAACUUUAUCAACAAGCUUGAGUCAGAUCGAUGCGAAUGGGGAUUCAAAAGAGCAAAAAACAUCAAGUCAGGAUAUUAUUCAGAAUUCCCUUUCCUAUCAUGAAGACGUUCAAAGAAGGGAAAAUCAGAUGAUUAAGCAAGCUCUUCUGGCUAAUUUGGCUUAUAUUGAGUUGGAACUAAAAAACCCUUUGAAGGCCUUGUCGACAGCGAGAUCUCUUCUGGAACUAGCGGAAUGUUCAAAGAUUUAUAUUUUUCUAGGUCAUGUGUAUGCAGCAGAGGCCCUCUGCAUGUUAAACAAGCCAAAGGAAGCGGCUGACCAUUUGUUGGUUUAUUUGUCUGGAGGAAACAGCUUUGAAUUUCCAUUCAACCAUCAGGACUUGGAGCAACUGCAAGUUGAGAGAACAGUAGAUUGUGAAGAGUUGAAUGGAGUAUUUGGGUCUGUCAAGAGUGCCCCUCAAGAGGGUACACAAGGUUCUCUCUUCCUCAAGCCAGAUGAAGCACGUGGAGUGCUUUCUGCAAAUUUUGCUGCCUUGUCUGCAAUGCAAGGUGAAUUUGAUCGAGCUCGCCAUUUUGUGACUGAAGCAUUGUCCCUGAUGCCAAAUAAUCCGCAAGCAACAUUGACUGCAGUUUACUUGGAUCUUACGUUUGGUAAGUCACAAGAAGCUCUUGCCAAGUUAAAAGAAUGUAGUCAUGUCAGGUUUCUUCCCAGCAGUUUACAAGUGAGUAAGUCUUCUUGAUGGUCAUCCCGGUAACAUCUAAAAUUUUCAAAUUUUAGUUAGCAGUUAGAUCAUCAAUCCUUGUAGAGGGAUUUGUAACAUAAGUAUAGUCCAAUUUUAGAGAAUAAUCUCUCUUUUUUUGUUUUACCAUUUAUUCUUUUCUGCUUCCCCGUAUCUAGGGUUGAUUAGUCGGUGGUGCGGCUGGGUUUUGUGGUUAGAGCAAAAUGUCCACCUCUCGAAGCUGAGUGUAAUUCUUGUUUUCAUGUUUUAGUGGGUAAUCUAUUUGUCAUUCAAUAGUAGAUAUAUCAUUUACUGUUCUUGAAAUCGAAUAGAGGAAUAGAAAGUUUUUGUUCAUGCUGGA